AUGGAGGCAUUUCACGAGCCUGAUUCUGCCUACGGGUCGGCCGAAUUCGAAUGGUCUUACUUCUGUCAAGAAUCGCACAGCAAGUUGAUCCCGACUAUUUUCGAUGGCGAGAAGGAUUACGCGUUGUUCGAUUACGCUUUUAUCGAUAGUAGAACGACCUCGAGCUACCCCAAUGUUACAGACUUGUCUCCGAGCUCCAGUGAUCCCUCCGAUCAGGGUGUGGAUGAACGUCGAACCAAGCAGCGCGAAACCAAGCGCAAAGCGCAGAACCGAGCCGCUCAAAAGGCAUUUCGUGAACGCAAACUGCAGCAACUGCAGCAUUUAGAAGAGGAGAACUCGGCCCUACGCCGCAUGGUCGAAACCCUUGGCAAGGAGACGGAGGGCCUGAAAAAUCGCAUUUUGGAGAUGUCCGCUUGCCCAGGUAUGCGAGAAGAAUUGAAUGUUGGUGCUCAGAAGCAGCGGAGGGUAGACGAAGCUCAGGAGCGGCUUCUCUCGUUGGAGAAAGACUUGAUGGCCAGCCAUACCUCGCAACAGAAGUGCACGAGCCAUGACUGUCUUAUACUUGGAAUGGUGUCUUGUAUUAGAUCACUGGCUGUCAGUUAG